AUGGCGCCGCCGUCCCAGAAACUUUCCGCCGGCGUUUCUGCGAGGCUUCAAGGUGGGGGUGUCUUCGUCCUCGCAGUGUACACGACGUGGCGUGUCCCGCGCGCCGACGUCGCGCCUCUGCGCAGGGGCGGAGAUGGCUGGGUCGCGCGCCUUCGCGACGCACGGACGGUGGACGCGCGAUCCUCGACGGAAGUGCAUACCUGCUUCACGCCGAGGCCAGACGAGAUUGGCAGGGGUGCGAGCGUCCAUUUCCAACGGCGCGCCCCUUUGGAAGUCGAGGGCGCAACUUCGAGCAUGACCUUCGCGCCCGCGCGCGGCCUUGCCAACCGAUGGGCCGCGCGCGUGGCGGUGCCGCGGGACCCCGCCGAGACGACGCAGCUGCGCGGCCGCGCGGCCGAAAUCCAGCCCCAGGCUUCGCGGGGCCAUGCUGCCGCCAGCGCUGCGCUGGGCAACCCGCGCGGCGCGUUUCCAAGACAUGAUCGAGUUGUGCAGGUACGCUACAUCCUCGAUGCUCCUCUCCCGAUGCCGUUUGACGCGCGCCCUUGGCGUGGCACUGGGCCUUGCGGAAGAGUGUUCCCAGUCGGUGACGCGGAUAUACGCAGCGCGUUCCCUGGCACCCUCGCCCGCAAGCCCCCCAAGGAGGCGCCGAUGUACAUGGCAGCGGCCUUCCUCGUACUCGUCAUCCAGAGCUUCUACGACGAGCUGAACGUGCGCGCCGUCCGCCGCAGGACUCUCAGUCUGCACGCUGCCAACGCGUUAUCUUUGCAGCUCGGCUCCGGCGCGGCUGCCGCCGCGACGGCGGUGCCGCCACAGGGUGCUUUGCGGUCCAUGCUCAAGGUGGCGCUCGGUAAUUUCUUGGACACUGCCGUGGCUCGCGUGCAGCGCCUCCAGUGCCUGUGCAAUGGCAGCGCGGACGUGGAUUCUUGCCCGACCUGCAUAACUGGCGACCCAUGGCAUGACGUCAUCGCCCUGCGGAAGCUGGUACCUCCCACGUGCAACGACUGGCGCGAUUUUAUUGCCGACCACGCCGACGCUUUGAACCGCUUGUCCGCGCCCCUCCCGCCAGCGCCGACCCUGGGGGCCUUGCCCUCGCCGCCCUCACUGGCGGCGCGGCGCCUUUUGCGUUUCGGCGUCGAGCAGCCCGCCACCGCUUUCGGCCGGGGGAUUUCUCGGCGCCCGCGAGCUGCGCGGGAGCUCAGGCAGCUGCUCGGCUCCGCGGGCGCGUUGCGGCCCACCGUUUGGCAGGAGGAAUUUCAAGCAAUCCCGCCACGAGGGGCCCUCGAGCGAUUGGCGAAGCGCCUGGGGGGCCCCUUGCACCCUGACAGCGGACUCCACAACUUCCUGGACCACUCGGGCUUCAAGAAGGAGAUCCGCCGCCUCAGGAAGCGGCACAAGGGUGGGGGGAGGUUGACCCGCGCCCGGAGGGGAAUGAUCCGGAGCGACACGGCGCCCGCGCAGGUACGGGGUGCGCGCAGCGUGUUCAACACGAAAGUCAGAACACAUUAUAGACGGCUUCUCCAGAGCGCCCGGUUGGAGGGCUUGUUCGCCUGGCGCGACGCCGCCGUGGCCAUUCGGGCAGCGGGGGUCGCGGUGCAGAGCGGCGCCGUUUCGGUCGAGCGCGUCUGGGGCAGUCUGCUCGACAUGUUUCCAGACCAGGCCCGGAACGUCAGCCCCGAGUGGUUCGCUUUGUGCAGUAAAGUGGCCUUCCUUCGGUUCAAUUACAGGCACUUUCACGCGGGCCGGUCGCCCCCCUGGUGCGACGGGGACCCGCUGAUGGCGGAAAGGCUGGACCGCUUGGCCGCCCAGCUGCGGCCCAUGGCGGACGAGGGCCCCGACGACGGCGCGGGGGGCGCAAUGGCGGCACUCUACCGGCCUUUCUCCUGA